AUGGCUUCUGUUUUACAACAUCUCAUAUCUGGGUCUCUCCCAGACCACUGCGAACCGACAUCGCCCCUCCUGACCGCUAUCUCCUCACACCUCCACAUCUGCCUCCCCACACCUCUGGCGCUGAUCUCCUCCGUUCUCGGAACCCUCAGUAUCGUGUCAUGGCUCUUCGCCCAGCUACCGCAGAUUUUCAAGAAUUACCAGCUACAAUCAACGUCGGGACUGUCAAUAUUUUUCCUGGUCAUUUGGUGUGCAGGUGACGCGAGUAACCUGGUUGGUGCUCUGUUCACCCGACAGGCAGGGUGGCAGGUCGUGGUCGCAGGCUACUAUGUUUGCGUGGAUGUCGCACUGGUCAUCCAGUUCUUCUGGUACACACACUACAAAUCCCGGUAUGAGGGGUACAAUGAGCUAUCCGACUCGUACGAUUCCGACGCUCGUGGGGACAUUUUGCAAGGCGUGGCUGUGGCGGGCAACAAUGUGACCCACCGGACACCGGCCCCGGUCGACAUGGCGAAGAAAGCGGAGGCCAAUGAUAUGGGUGUCCAGACUGGAUCAACUCUCAACUCAACAGCUCCCGGGACGUCAUAUACGAACGAGAAACUGAGCUCACCGCGGCGAACCGUCCGGAUGGGAAGCAGCCCAAGCAGCGCACCCUUUGCUCUUUCCCGCACCAUGCUGAUUGCCUCGCUGGUCUGUGCCGUCGUGGUCAAUGGCAGUCCCAUAGAUUCCAAGCCAUCGCCGCACCCGCCCAUCUCGGAUGCACCUCGUGAAGCCAUAGUCGAGGUCGUAGGCCGCGUCGUCUCUUGGAUGUCCACGCUGUUAUACCUCGGCUCGCGCCCGCCGCAGCUCUACAAGAACUACCAACGCAAGAGCACCGAGGGCCUCUCCCCGUUGCUGUUCAUGGCUGCCUUUUGUGGAAACUUCUUCUACUCCUCGUCGCUGCUCACCAACCCUAACGCCUGGAGUGAUUUCGCGCCCUACGGAGGCGGUGGCUGGGCCGAUGAACACGGCAACGAUCGCUGGGAGUGGAUUGGACGUUCACUUCCAUUCUUCCUCGGCGCGUUCGGGGUCCUCGGACUCGAUGGGUUCAUGGGCGUGCAGUUCCUCAUGUACGGGUCUUCAGAGGAAGACGACGAGAGCUUUAUUGGAGAGGAUGAUGACUCGAAGCGCGGCCGGAGCAAGUGGAAGCGCGUUCACGGCUGGAUGCGCGGCUGGAUUCCCUCAACUUCGCCUCCCCCGGGCGAGUACGAGCGUCGUUCAAGCCCCCAGGAGGGACAUGCUCUUCUCGGCCAGGAUCAUGGGCGGUAUGGGACUGUCUAA